AUGGAUUCGAAGUUUUACCGUCAGGUAAUCGUGGUUCUCGAUGUCGUGGCAGAAAACGGCUCUCCACCGUGCUCCAUGCUCUCCGCUCGUGGGCGGCCUAUUUUAACAACUGAUGAGUGUAAAGCUCCACCUCGGUUGGAGCAACCCGGCCUCAGCUCCCACACAUACGGCAUCUCUGCCAGCCGCCUCCCGCUUCUUUUUCUUCAACACCGUCGUCUCUUUUGUUUAGUCCUUCAAACUGAGUCGAAUCAUGACUUUUUCGUGAAGAUUGCCUUGAAAUUGUACUUCCAUCGAGAAGAUGAAGCCAAGUUGGCGUUGGAGACACCGGCGCGACUACCCCCAGUACCAUCUUGCCUUUAUCUAGCUUUUCUAACUUCAAAAAUAAAAUUUAUGGUUCUGAAUUGACGGCAUCUGCGUCAAUUUUCUAGCUAGGUUUGUAUUUGGUCCCCUUGAAAAAAUAUUUUUUGAUAAGCGAAAUAGAAAAUUUUUUCUAAUGAAGGUGCUUUUUUUCUCAAAUGUUUGUUAGUGCGCGACGAUUCCUCUAUGCACAGGGUUUUUAUUUUUUUUAAGCCUCUAUUAGUUUCGAUUCAUCUAAUAAUAACGUCUAUUAAGUUCCGAGAAUCAUCAAGUCUCAAUAAAGUGUGAGAACUUCGGUUCAUUUUUCAUAAUUGACUUUUUCUUCACGUAAGUAGUUGCAUAAAUAGGCUAGUCCAGAGUUUCCUUUUUUCUGUUCAAUUUUAAAUCAACUUAAAACUUUUUUAGAUUUUAAAAUCUUAAAUCUCGACUCUGAGAGCAUUCCAGAAAGUUACAACACAGAAAAGCCAUUUCCCCGGAAAUUUUUCAGCGCUUUUUCUGCAUCAUCGUUCACUUUCAUUGGCCGAUUUCCCUUCUUUUGCUCAAUAUGCUGAACUUUCGUCGCCUUUUUUUUUGACGAAUUUUCCAAAUGACAGUGUAUUUUCAUUGCAUGUCACUUCGAAAAAAAAAAACCUCAAAUUGGUAUCAGAAAAAUUUUCGCUAUCAUUUUUUUUAGUUCACUAAGUUCUUCUCUGUCGAUUUCAGCGUCUACUCUUUCUCUCACAAAUUUUUGAGUCGUUAAAAAUAUAUUUUUUAUCUUUUUCUGAACUUUCCCCUCGUGAAUAAGAUCAAACUUUUUCGCCGGAAAAGGAGGAAUAUAUGAAAAACCGUUUCGAAACGAAAGUAAAUGAAGUGUUACAAUGUAGAGUAAAAAAAAGAAGCUAUUCCCUACGGCUCUCGGCUCCUCUUUCCACCUGUUUUCUUCGAAACCAACGGCUCACGCGUCCUCCUCUCACUUUACUGCAGAACAAACGAUUUGAUUGCAGGAUGCCGCCGACCGAAGACACCCAGCAACAAGGUGAGGCUCUCCCCUUCUCGCCUACCGUAGCCUUUCUCGAGAUAAAAAAAGUGUUGGAAGAAGUUGAACGGAGUUACUCUAUGGGAUGGACCAGCAUUGAUAUGGAUAUAUAGUUUUCACGACUGGCUUGAGCAAUCGAAAAAGGGUCCUGACACGAUAAUAAACGAGAGAGUGUCUGGUUGGUGGAGAGCGCAGACAUUCCCAUUACCGCACUGACUUUGGCAGCACUUGUAAUGCGACCUAGUGAUUGUAUUCCACUACUAAGAAGAGACUAAUUCUCUGCUGACUUCAGCCAUCGAAAAAGGGUCCUGACACGAUAAUGAACGAAAUAGUGUCUGAAAGGUAGAGAGCGCAGGCAUUCCCAUCAUUGGAAAAACUUUGACAGCAUUUGUGAUUUUAUUCCGCCACUAAGAAGCUCAUAGCUCAUUCUCAGCUAGCUUGAGCCAUCCAAAAAAUGUUCCUGACACGAUAAUAAAAGAGUGCCUGGCAGGUGGAGAGCCCAGACAGGACAUACCUCCAAAGCUAGCCGUGAAUGUCCGUUUUUAGCCUCUUGAAUCUCUGCGCCCUCCUCGUCUCUCGACGACCCUCUCUUGUUGACGCGCUGUUCCAAUGUUUUUCUGACCUCGCCGGUUAGGGAACAGAGAGACGAGGACACGCGAAAACUGUCAAGUCGCGGCGAACGGACUUAUAUAGCUGUUUACCGUUUCAAAUUCAACUCGGACGUGAUCUAUAAGGUCCUUUGAAAAGUUUGAAUAAGUGAUCUUCAUCAGGGUCGAGCUCGCAAACUAACUUGAUCGACAAAUAAAUUAUUCAAUAAUUUGAGUUUCUCGAAGGGUCAGCGUUUCUCAUAGCAAAAAAACUUAUAAUUGUAUUGUUUUUUUAUGAAUUUUUCUCUGUCAAAACGGGUCAGGAAAAAAAUAUUGAUCUUAAUUUUUUUCUCAAUUUUUUUGAAAAAUUGCUUUUUCAGCUCAAACUUAUAAUGGAAGAAGUUCUUAAAGAGUUUUUAAACCGAUACGAUUUUCGUUGUGGGUUUUUAAAGCCUCUUUGACUAUUUUUAUAUCAUCGAACUUUUACUGAUAGUAUUUCAAGUCGUGUAAGGCUGAGCGAGGGUUCUGGAAAAUAUAGAACUUUCCAAAAAAGGAAAGCUCUGAUUUCAAACUGAAAAUCAGAACGCGACCUCUAUUUACGGCUGUCGGAUUGUGACACUUUUGCGAGCCUAUUAUGCACGAGGGGGGAAAAUCAAACGGCGCAAAGGUUAAUAGGGAGGAAAAGCUCGGGAAGUAUUGCUAGUGCGCGGCUCCUCCUUCCUUCGGUAAACACGAUUGUCGAUCGUUUCAGCUCCUCACGUUUUUCCAUUCCUCCUCACUCAGCGCCAUCAACAGUCCGAACCGUCGGAGAUCCACUCAAGACGAUUCUCAUCGGAUCGGAUCGGAACCGAUCGGAACGCUUCUCGGCGCCUCCAACAUUACUCUUGCCUCCUGUUUCCGGUUUCCCUGAAACCGCGCGGCGCGUUCUGCCAACAAGCGACUUCGCUAAGCACUUGACCCAACGUGUCACGCCCCUCAAAAACUUCUGUCGACGCCAUCCGAGUCUGCCGUCAUGCUCAGCUACACCGCGUCGUCCACCAACUUUGCCUCCUCGUCUUCCAAGUAUGCGAUACGCUCGCCGUCAUCGAGCUCGCCCCACCAGCCGUUCCCGCAGCACUUCUACCCGGCUCCCUUCUCGGCUGACGAGACGUCGAAGCUGUCGCUGAGCCCACGGCAGGCCGAAGCGAUCGAACGACAACGACAGCCGCGGCAACACCACAUCCCGAUCAUUCGCGCCGAUGACGUGCCGCUGGAGAACGCCGAGACGAAGGCGGCGGUCCCCAACAGCUACCGCGACUUCGUGGCCGCGCCACGCUCUCCUCGCGGCUUCGGCGACUAUCCGGAGCUGACAGGACAGCCUACGCGGCAGCCAGCCGCUGUGCCCAUCCACGUGGAGAGCGCUAACCAAAACUUGCCAAGUGUUGUGAGCCCUCACCCUGUUUACGUCUACGAAGGUGAAAUAUCUCAAGACUUGACUUUUCGACGAACAAGCAGAACACUUUUUCGUGUUUUUGAAGUUAAGGAAGAUGGGAAAGUCAGAUUAUCAGUAACGUUAACACGGGAAACAAAAAAAGUAUAAAGCUCAUGGAAAAUGAUGAUUAGCUGAACGUCAUCAGAAAACUGAGAGGCUUUGAAAAAGUGCAUUUUAUAUCAAGAAUUCGUUUCAGUUUGGCUGGAAAAUCAUUCUAAAAAGGUGAAAUUUCCCAAAAAGCUACUUCCCUUGUAAGUUAUUUUCAGAAAAAAAUCGAGUAGGACUUUAAAAAUCAAACUAGACACUGCAAGUUUCAGAAGAGCAGCCAAAUGCCACGAUGGAGACCAAGGUCACCGGGCAGGGCCAGCCGAAGCGCGUCGGCCGCUGGAGUCUCGCCCAACUUCGCCAGACUGACGGUCCGUUUCCCCGUUCCUUUAUUCAGCAAACCUGCCAUUGCAGGUAUUAUUCCGAGCCAGGCCGGAUGGAACAAGGGAGACUCGCAGAAGUUGAUGACCAACUUCGGUACCCCAAGAAACACAUCGACACGAGUCCGCGCCGAGAACUUGCAGGUGGAAAAUUGAUAAAACUGCCUGAUCAACAUCAGUUUCCAGGAGCUUCCGGAGGACAUCGCCCAGCGUACGCACGGCGAAGUCCGACUUCAAUCUGGAACCAACAAGUAUGCCUCGCAACGCGGAAUGACUGGCUUCGGUACUGGCCGCGACGUCUGCCGUGAAGGAAAGCACGUCUCUCAGAAUCCCGCCGAUCUGCAGGCUAGUUCUUUUUCUAUAUUCAAUGUGUGAUUGAACAUGAAACAACCCGGUUUGAUAUAACUUGAUUUUAGCAACAAAAAAAAAAUGAAAGAUAGGAAUUUUUGAAAUUUUUGAGUUUUCUUAAGAUUUUUUUCGUUGGUACUGAAGAAAAACGUAUGUAGAGUUAGCUAUUUCCGCAAAUCUAGAAGCAUUAAACAAUUUUUUUUUAAGAAAGGUUUUUGAAAAACUACUUUUAUCGUCUACUACUAUCACUUUGAUUUUUUUAUAAAUAAUGAUUAUAACAUGUAGUAUGCGAAAACAGAAAAGAAAAAAACGAAAAAUUAUUAAGAAUAAGAGGAGAAAAAAACAUAUUUAGAACUAAUCGAAAAAGCAAAACUUUUUUUGCCCUGAAAAUUUUGUUAUUUUUUUUCUCAUGCAAUCUGCGCGCACCCUUAUUUGCAAGGGCGGCAUGGUUUCAUGAGCCAAAGUAGAAGGUUUUACGAGCUGUAAUUCCACUUCACCAUCACUUUCGUCUCAGUGACUGCACAACUUCAGCCUACAGUGCUUUUGAAUCCCAUGUAUAAGUAAUUUCUCCGACUUUUAUUCACCUUUUUUUUUUUAAAUUUUUUCGGCGACCUUGAUUUUUCGAUUUUAUGGUUUUAUUUUUUUUUGAAAAAUUGAAAAACUCUUAUAAAUGUGUGAGAAAAAAACGUUGUACUACUUGUUAGAAGUCUACUACAGACUAAUAAUAGAACACGUUCUUUUUUAAGUGCAAAAAAAAAUGAAUCGAUGCGUUUCGAGGAAGAUUUCCCUCUCCGUAGGUACACAUUUUCCGUGUCUGUUGGUUUUGUUUCUCUUUGCUGCUCCCACGCGGAACGGAAAAAGCCUGGCAACAACAGAGGUGAAAGAAAGAAGUUGAGAAGAAGCGCCUCUUAAUUCUUGGCUGCUCUUGUUUGCAUCGCCGAUUAUUAGUGCCUCAAGAAUUUGCACGCAAAAGAAACGUCUUUAACCAGUGAUCAAAACGGAGAACGCCCGUCGAAGCGGAUUACCAAUCUUGUUCCUCCCUUUUUUUGAGCCUUCUUUUUGUACCGAAAAAAAAAGAAACAGGGAAGAAGGAAGCUUUUUAGGAAUUCCAGGGUAUUUCCCAUAGGGGUAAGGGGGUAAACAGUGGAGUGGUCCCUAUAGGAGUAGAAUCGAGGUAAUUAUUAUAAUUUUAAAAAAAGGUGGUCCCUAUAGGGUUUUACUUAGGAAUUCCCGAGUGGUCCCUAUAGGGGUUAGGGGAGACAACAGCCUUUAUAAGGGCCGAAAAAGUGGUCCCUAUAGGGGUAAAAUCAACGUGGUUCCUAUAGGGGCUCAGGGUCUGACCCCUUAACCUCUAAAGCUCAAGUGGUCCCUUUAGGGGCCUUUAAAAUUCAUUUAGUUUUUCACAUGGAAAUGCUUCUACCCAUCGUAAAAAUAUCGACCUAUAGGGGACACUAACAAAAACCUCUAUAAGGAUCACCUUUGCUAGAUUUAGUGGCCUCUAUAGGGGUUGAUAAAGUGGUCCCUAGAGCGGACCCUCCAAGGUCUUCAAAGUUUUCCCCUAUAGGGACCACUCUGGAGAUCUUAACUAGGUUAUUCCGCGGUCGAGAAGAUUAAAUAUGGGGACAUUCUCUAAAAAUAUUAUAUUUUUGAUUAACAUAUCGGUCUGCACUUCAUGAAGAAUUAAAAUUCCGAUUUUUUCGAUAAAAAAACAAAAUUGAGGCAGUGGAGGUCAAUGCUUGGCGUUACUUCAAAAUCACACAUUUGAAGACAAGAAAACAAGAUUUCAGGAUCUGCCAGAGGAGAAAAUCCGGCUGUCGGAAGGAAUCGUCCGUCUCCAAUCUGGUACCAACAAGUAUGACUCGCAGAAGGUCGGUUCCACGAUCUGGCAAGGCUCAUCUCAUCUUCCAGGGUAUGACCGGCUUCGGUACCGGCCGUCGUGAGACAACCAAGAUGGUCGACUCCAAGCAUCCGGAGUACGAUCACGAGAAGCCUGACCAGUCUGAGAUUCCGCUCCAGUCCGGAACCAACAAGUUCGCUUCGCAGAAGGUUUUUCUUUUCUUCAUUCGAUAGGUUCACAGUUAAACAAUUGAAACUUUUAUAUACGGAUCGAAGAUUUUUUAGACAUUUUAGUGAACAUUUCAAACAUUGAAUUCAGUGGAAAAUAUAACUGAACAGUUUUUUUUUUCCUUUUUUUCGGCUCCCUCUUUCCGUGAAAAAUAAUAUUGAAGCGUUUCGAAUGAGUAUGCUAUUCGGGCAAAGUCGGAAUGGUGGAUAAUGGCUGCUAAGAGGCUCAAAAAAAAGCCGCAGAAAGGUUUUAAAAGGCAGCAAAAAGGCCCCAAAAAGAGCCUAGGAUUUUAAAGGCUCAAGGAAUGGUCGAAAAAGGGAGAGGCAGCAAAAAUGGUUCAUAAAGGCCGAUGAAAUGGUGCAAAAAGGCAGCAAAACAGGAAACUUUUUUACCCUGUAAGGAACAUUUCUAUGGACCCUUUUUGCAGCCUUUCCGACUUUGCCUAUGUUCCGAAAUUGCGAACUGAUUCCAGGAGCCUCGAAAGUAAAACUGCCAAAUGCAGUGGAUGAAAAAUCGUCUUCAUUUUCUUUGUUAAGCCAAAUUAUUAAUCUUGAUCCUUUUUCACACAAGAUAGAUUCGAGUUAUAAAUGUGAUUAACUGUAAUUCCAGGGAAUGAUGGGCUUCGGUACGGCUCGUCGUGAAACGACCAAGAUGGUCGACACGACUCACCCCGAGUACAGCCACGAGUCCUCGAUCGACCAGACAACCAUUCCUUCGCAGAUGGGUUCCAACAAGUACGCGUCGCAGAAGGGCAUGACCGGCUUCGGACAGCCUCGCUGGGAGGUUUAUUGGAGUUUCUCCUACCUUUCAGUCCCAAAACCUUUAGGUCCUCGAUCCCUCAAUCUCGUGGCAGAACCGCAAGUCUCAAGGAAUGGUUCGACUCCAGUCUGGAACCAACAGAUUCGCUUCUCAAGCUGUUCGUGUUGUCCUUUGUUUGCAAUUCAACAGUCGCUGAACUUCAGGGAAUGAUCGGAUUCGGUACUGUCAGAAACACAACUUUCGAAGCCGAAGGUGGUGAGCUCCCAUACGAAGCCAUGAAGGUUUGUUGGCCAGCUGUUUUGGAGCAUCUACAUCCAUUUUCAGGUCUCAGAGACGAUCAUCCCCAGCCAAGCCGGUUGGAACAAGGGAGACUCGCAAAAGGUGAAUUUCAUGGCCUUUUUAUUCACGACAUGUGUUUUCAGAGGAUGACAUCGUUCGGAGCACCUCGAGACGUCAAGGGAAAGCACUUGAAGAGAAUCUGGGAGCUCGAGUAUCCAGAAGAGGCCGAGGUUUGUCAAGACUCUAGAAACGUCUGAAUACGAUUUUCAGGUUUCGCUCGACCGUCUCUAA